AUGAUUCAACUAAAGACAUUACUAAAUUGCAUCGACAACUCCGGCGCCUCGGUCGUCGAGUGCGUCAACGUCCUGAAGAAGAAGCGGCCCGCGACGAUCGGUGAUCGGAUAGUCGUUGUCGUCCAGAAACAGAGAGCUGCUGGAUCCGAGGGAUCUGGCACUGCUCUUGCGAACAAGGUCCGCCGUGGUGAUAUUCGUCAUGCAGUUGUUGUGCGUGUGAAGAAGGAACUUCAGCGCAAAGACGGAUCUGUGGUGCGAUUUGGUGACAAUGCCUGUGUGCUGGUGAACAAGGCGGGAGAUCCGAUCGGAACAAGAAUGAAUGGUGUCGUUGGACAAGAACUGCGCGAUAAGCAAUGGUCCAAGAUUUUGUCGUUGGCCCCGGUGCACGUGUAA